CAGCCGGCUGCAGCUAAUGAGCCUUUGUGUGGCCAAAGAGAGAGAGAGAGAGAGAAAGAGAGGAACACAGUGACAGACAGCGAGUUAAAGUGAGAAAGACUGCCGUCUUGCAACAAUAAAGCAUAUGGUACCGACAGUGCAGUCAGAGCUGGAAAAUUACAAGUCUCUCUCCCACUCCUGCACCCUUUUUUCUCAUGCCCGUGGAGCUCAGGGGUCGGUGCAAGUCAGUGGACUGAAACAAAAUGGGAACCUCUUCACUCAUCAUGUUUCACCUUUUUUGAAUAGCCACAUUUAUGGUUGUGUGGCUGUGCUGCUGUGAGAAGAGGUGAAAGGAGUCACAGUCUGCCAGUGGAUACAGGUGCAGAUGCGGCGGGCCAUGAGUGGAAUACUGAAGAGGAAAUUUGAGGAGGUGGAAGCCUCCUCCUCCCCGUGCUCUUCCUUGCGGGAGUCUGAUGAUGAGGUCUCCUGCAGUGAGAGUGGGGAUAGCAGUGACAGCGUCAACCCCUCUGCCUCGGGCCCUUUCACCCCUGACUCGAUACUGAAGAGAGAGAAGCGCCUGCGGACGAGGAGAGUGCAUUUCGAGAAUGUGACAGUGUACUACUUCAGCCGGCGGCAGGGCUUCACCAGCGUGCCCAGCCAGGGAGGCAGCACGCUGGGCAUGUCCAACAGGCACAGCUGGAUCAGGCAGUACUCCCUGGGCGAAUUUGCUGUAGAGCAGGAGAGGAUCCACAGAGACAUGCUCAGAGAUCACCUGAAGGAGGAGAAACUGAAUUCAAUCAAACUCAAGCUGACUAAGAAUGGCACAGUGGAGUCUGAAGAGGCCAACACGCUCACGGCAGAGGACAUCUCUGACGAUGACAUCGAUCUGGAUAACACAGAGGUAGAUGAGUACUUCUUCCUGCAGCCUCUCACCACUAAAAAGCGCCGGGCACUGCUGCGCUCCUCGGGGGUAAAGAAGAUUGACGUGGAAGAGAAACAUGAACUGCGGGCGAUCCGAAUGUCCAGAGAGGACUGCGGCUGUGAUUGCAGAGUCUUCUGCGACCCAGAGACCUGUGCCUGCAGCAUCGCAGGGAUCAAGUGCCAGGUGGACCGUAUGUCAUUUCCAUGUGGCUGCACAAAAGAGGGCUGCAGCAACUCAACCGGGAGAGUGGAAUUUAAUCCCAUUCGUGUUCGGACCCAUUUCUUGCACACCAUAAUGAAGCUGGAGCUGGAGAAGAGCCGCGAGCAGCAGCAGGCGUCCCCCACCAAUGGUUACCAUAGCGAAACUAACGACCUGGGAGGCGGAAACCCUCUGGUUCAGUCCCAGCACAGGUUGGAGUAUUCCCUGUCAGAUGCCGUUCCACAGGCGGCCGGCAUGCACCUGCAGGCUGCCGACGAGAUGGAGGAGCCGCUGGAUGACGAAGACGAGGAGGAAGACGACGAAGACGAGGAGGACGAGGAGGAAGAGGAAGAGGAGAACGAAGAGGACGAUGAGGAGGAGGAGGACAGCAGCAGUGUUUGCAGUGGACUGUCUGACUCCAGCACCCAGAGCUUAGCCAACAGUGACUCUGAGGACGAGGAGGAGGAUGAUGAGGAUGAGGAGAAGUCUGAGAACUUUCAGAGCGACAUGACAACCCCGUCUGUGUCUCACAGCGAGGUGGUCCCCUUGUCCUCUGUGCUGUGUUACAGCGACGGCUCAGUGGCACAUGAAAACCACAUGAAUGGAAACACUUAUUUAAUGAACUCCUCUUCAGCUGAGUACUAUCAGCUGGGGAGCUCCAGUGCUGUCUCUAAUGGCCAAACCAGCCGACCCAGUGAACCCUACGGGGAAGCCUUAGCAUUCCAAGAUCCGGUCAGUGCUACCAAUGGCAGCGCGGCCCAGGGACCAUUCAACAUGUCUGCAGAGCAGUACACAGACUACUCUAAUCAGGCCGAGGAACAAUACACAGCCAGUCACCAUUUCACCCUGACCAACGGUGCUCCUGCCGCCCCUUUGACCUGCUACACACCUGAUCAGGAGAAGAAGUUGCUGUCCAAAGCAGCGUUCGUGGAGCAGCCUGACAACCAGAGCCAGACGCCGUUUCAAAAAUACCUGAACAAUAACACCCAGGGCUCUUACAGCAGCUCAUGUAUGACAGCUGAGCAGCCGCAGCAAGAGUCCGGCGUUAACGGCCACUCUGACCUGACCUUACUAGGAACCAACACUAAGAACCUCCCUUUACCAGACCAUUGCCCUGAGGUCACAGCCAUUUAGUGGGCCUCAGCUUUCCAAGUGUUCUUUCAUUAUUGCAUCUUUACUUGACCAAGUGGUAUUUUAAGGGAACAUAAUCAAGGCCUUUUUUUUUUUUUUUUUUGCAUUAUCUGACCUUAAAUUUCAAAGCAAUCUCCAGCACCGUAGUACAUUUUCAUCUGUAACUAUAAAGCCAUAGGGUCGUGGUGGCAAUGUUUUUGAGGAAUGAUUCGCUCCUGAGGGUUUCUCCGCUACAGUGCGUGCUUUACUGCAAGAUGGAACAGAUCAAGGAGCAUUUUAAAACAUCACUUAUGUCAUGCCGUGCAAUGUAUCUUGUAAUUUCAGAUGUAAAGUUCUAGUUUUAAGCAGAUAUUGUACUGUAGAUGGAACUUUUCUAUGUCUACUGUAUGUGUCAAAUGUGCGCAAAACAACAAAAAAAUAAUGUCAGUUUAUUUAUUGUUUCUGAAUUAUGUGUAAACUUAUAUAUUGUAAAUGUUUUGAUAACAAUACGCAUGCUGUUUUGGGAAAACUCAGUGACAUUUAGGGGAAAAAAAUGCCAUUGUUUUAUAUAAAAAUGUGUUGUGUACAUAAUGUACAUUUCUCCUCUUCUUUUUGUCACCAUUAAUAUGCUUUUCUAUGGUUUUUGAAAAGCAUGAAAAAGCCUGAAUUCUUAUUUGUAUGUUUUGGAAUACAAUAUCGAUAGCAUAAAACGUCAAGAAAUUAAAUUAAAUUUCCCAGCCUUUUGCACUUACGUGUGGGGGUCCAGUGGCAUGCAGUUGGUUUUAACUGAUGGAUACUUGAAUGGUGUCAAAAUAUGGCCCCUCACUUGUUUUCUUUACUCUCCUCUGUUCUCUUAGAAUAACACGGUUGAACAAAUGGAGACUUAUUCUUUGAAGCAUUUCAUCAGUACAGGGAUAAUAACGAAGUAGCACUUUGACAUAUCUCCAAAAGUAUGACAAGCUCUAUGAUUCAUCACAGACAGAAUCUUUAUCAUAAUAGGCUCCAUUUGAAAAGCAUCAGUAACCAGUCUCCAUCACAGUUCUGCAGACGAACUAUUGACCCGAGAUAAUGUGUCAGUAUUUCACAAAUUAACUGCUUAUUGGAUUUCUGCUCUUGAACGCUGUAUAAGCUACAUUCCUCUGUCUAAUAACUGAGAUGUUUAUUUAUGUGGAUCCAGUAAUGAUGCUGAUUUGCUCUAUUGAAGUGUUAAGUGCAAUAGUUUGAGGGUUUUUAAUAGGCAUUCCCUUUUAGAGAGGAUCCUCUGUAAAAGGGGACGGAGAUUUCUUUUAAUUGACCGUCACGGCACUUGAUAUUGUACUUAAAGCGACAUUAGUUUAAUGAAAAAUGUGCCACAGUUUUGAUAAUUGUAUACGUGGGAAGCAAAUGUUCAAGGUUGACAAUCAAAGCUUAUUAUGAAACAUGAUUCAUAUGGGUAAUUAACAGCUACACAAUGAGUCCCACGAGCCAUUGAAAAUGACUGAGAAAAAUAAGUUUACCAAAAAAAUAAAUAAAUCUGUAAAUAACCUUCAACACGUCUUUAUAAAAUCACUGACAAAAAGGGAAAUUGGCGUGACUGCUCAACAAUUGGGGGACUGCAAUAAUUGAGUGAAUACUGUAAAACAUUAUUUACCUUGAGCUCUCUGCUCCUGCAUGAAUACAGAUAUUUGUCCCUCUUCCAGGCUUGCAAAUAUCUGCCCAUUCUUUAUAAUCACAAGGGUCAGGACUGGAGUUUUGGUGGUUCUGUGCGACUGAGUAGCUGGGACCUCUCCUGCCACCUCGGUGGUACAAAAGAAGUGUACAGACUGCUUUCAGGCAAUCAUCAACACAGCCUAUAGUGCAGAGUAAUCGUGCCAAAGCAUACAGUGUGAGGAGGCUAGAUACAAUGACGCUGCAUCCACUUGAGAAUCCUGUGUUGGGUUUUUAUUUUCCAGUAUUUAUUAUGAAUGAUAUAUUGAAAUGUGUAUUUAUUGUGGUUUACUAAAAGUCUGUAUUGAG